GCACUACAAUUUCAGGCUGCAGUUCAUGUCCACAUAACGGCGCAAUGUGUCUUUAAAAGGUUGAACUGCAGGCGAGGGUUUCACUGCCUAAUUGUUUUCCUUGUCGUUACCUUACGCAGUAGUACCACGAAGUAGGCAUCCAAAGGGAGCAUCCUGCACCAUGGACGUCGUCACCAUACCAAAGCCGUGGAAAUUAUUUCUAAAGGAAAAAAAUAUUUUUCUUUUAUGCCUUUUCCUUUUAAACCAUGUCUCCAAAAUGAAUGCAGAGGACAGUGGAAUGGAAGAACUUGCCACCGAGAAAGAGGCAGAGGAAAGUCAUCGGCAGGACAGCGUGAAUUUAUUGACAUUCAUUUUAUUGCUGACAUUAACUAUUUUAACCAUCUGGCUUUUCAAACAUAGAAGAGUCCGUUUUCUUCACGAAACUGGCCUGGCGAUGAUAUACGGCCUGUUGGUGGGGGUGAUUCUGCGCUAUGGCAUCCCCUCCACCAGUUACCACCACAAGACGCCCCCUAGCUGCUCGCUGAAAGAGGGGCCCGUCUCCACGCUGCUGCUGAACGUCAGUGGCAAAUUCUUUGAGUACACGCUCAAGGGUGAGAUCAACUCGCACGAUAUCCACAAUGUCGAGCAGAACGACAUGCUGCGCAAGGUAACCUUUGAUCCGGAAGUAUUCUUCAACAUUCUGCUGCCUCCAAUCAUUUUCCAUGCUGGAUAUAGCCUCAAGAAGAGACAUUUCUUCAGAAACCUGGGCUCCAUCAUAACUUACGCAUUCCUCGGAACAGCCAUUUCAUGCUUCGUCAUCGGGAAUCUGAUGUAUGGUGUGGUGAAACUGAUGCAGGCCAUUGGUCAGCUGACUGAUAAGUUUUACUACACAGACUGCCUGUUCUUUGGAGCCGUCAUCUCCGCCACUGACCCAGUCACGGUGCUGGCCAUCUUUAAUGAGCUGCACGCCGAUGCAGACCUGUACGCCCUGCUGUUUGGAGAGAGCGUCAUGAACGAUGCCGUGGCCAUCGUCCUCUCCUCGUCUAUUGUGGCCUAUCAGCCAAGUGGAGCCAACACACACACCUUUGAUGCGGCGGCUUUCUUUAAGUCAGUGGGCGUUUUCCUGGGAAUCUUCAGCGGUUCCUUUGCCAUGGGCGCAGUCACUGGUGUAGGAACAGCACUGGUCACCAAGUUCACUAAGCUGCACUGCUUCCCUCUUCUGGAGACCGCCCUCUUCUUCCUCAUGUCCUGGAGCACCUUCCUGCUGGCAGAGGCCUGUGGAUUCACAGGUGUGGUGGCUGUGCUGUUCUGUGGGAUUACCCAGGCCCACUACACACACAACAACCUGUCUGAGGAGUCCACCAAGCGCACCAAACAGCUGUUUGAGGUGCUGCACUUCUUGGCUGAGAACUUCAUUUUCUCCUAUAUGGGCCUGGCCCUGUUCACCUUCCAGAACCACAUCUUCAGCCCCAUCUUCAUCGUGGGGGCUUUUCUGGCCAUCUUCAUCGGCCGGGCCUCCAACAUCUACCCGCUGUCGUUCCUGCUCAACCUGGGCCGCCGCCACAAGAUCAGUGGGAACUUCCAGCACAUGAUGAUGUUCGCAGGUCUGCGAGGAGCCAUGGCGUUUGCGCUGGCUAUCCGGGACACGGCCACCUAUGCCCGCCAGAUGAUGUUCACCACCACCCUCCUCAUCGUCUUCUUCACCGUCUGGGUGUUUGGUGGUGGCACCACCCCCAUGCUGUCCUGGCUGCAUAUUAGAGUUGGCGUUGUCCAGGAGGCGCGGUGGAAGCAGGUGCCACAUUGGUGGUACUACAGGGUUGGAGUGGAUCCCGACCAGGAUCUCCAGCAGUGUGGGGACAGCUUCCAGGUCCUGCAGGGAGAUGGCGCUCAGGGGGAGGGCCCGAGUAAGACGAAGCAGGAGAGCGCCUGGCUCUUCCGCCUGUGGUACACCUUUGAUCACAACUACCUGAAGCCUAUCCUGACCCACAGUGGGCCACCCCUCACCACCACUCUGCCCAGCUGCUGUGGUCCACUGGCCCGAUGCCUGACCAGUCCUCAGGCCUAUGAGAACCAGGAGCAGCUCCCUGACAAUGACUCGGACCUCAUCCUGAACGACGGCGACCUGACACUGACGUACGGUGACACGGCCAUCACGGCCAACGGGGCCUCUGGCGUCGACGGGGCCUCCAGGGGAGCAGGAGGCGGUCCGCGCUGGAGCCUGAACGGCCGGCGCAGCGGCAGCACGUCGGAGGAGGCCCUGGAGCGCGAGCUGGACCCCCGCGAGCAGGAGCUGAUCAGCCGUGGCACGCGCCUUGUCUUCCCCAUCGAGGACCAUGCCUGAGACGCAGUCCCUCAGCGCAGCCCCAUAUGUCUCCCAAACACAACCAACCAACCCAACCCAACCCCUACACCCUAAAGACUGACAGACCAGCCCCUCCCCCGUCCCUAUGAUGCUUCUCCCCUCCACCCUGAAAUCUUUGCACCCCUACAAGACAGAUCAGGCGAAGAAGAAAACCCAAAGCCAGAGACACACGGAGUAGAGAUGAUAAUGAAGGUUGAGGAGAAAGAGGAAGCGAGAGAAAGAAAGGUAAAAGGUAGAAUUAGAGAGGAAGGAAGGAAAGGAAGGAAAGAGAGAGAGGGAGGAAGAUAGAUGAGCGGGUGGGUUUAACAGUGAAGCCUUUGUCUUGAAGAGAUCCAGUAUCAUUCCAUUUUCAUGACUGCAGUGAAUGGGUGGUGAAGCAUAGUGAGGGGCCCUGGAGGACCUAGCUGGCCACCCCCAGGAAGAACUGAACUGAAUGACGUAACAUUACAUACUGUGAAUCUGUACUAUAUUCCCUCUGUCUGAAUGUGGAAAGCAGAGGAUUGGGGAGACUACCCCCGCCCUUGGUUCGCGUGUGGUGCCAGGGAACCGCCUUGCCUGUCCCCGGAGAUGUGGAAAAAUGGCUCCAAUCAUGUACUGCUGCUUGACGGUGUGUGACUCCGUGGCCAUCAUGGCGUGGAGUCCAAGUGUUAUGGCAUAGAGGCUUGUGCAUAGUCAUUUCCUUCCUGUUAGUGCAAUCUUGUCUCAUCUCAAUAUGUCUCCAUUGGUCAGUCCUAGCGCAUGUGGAGCGGCACUACUGCUACAACCCCCCCCCCCCCCCCCUCCCCCCCGGCCCCCGAGUGGCUGCGUGAAGCCGAGGACCUGACUAACACACACACACACACCAGUUCUACUAUAUCACCCACCUGUACAAACAGAACCAACAAAUGGCUUCUGCAUCAGCUUGUAGACUAGAGCCCUGGUCUGUCUCAUAUGGCAUUACAUGUUACAGCCAUAUAAUGUUGUUAAUAUCUAUUCAGGCUCUUUCAUCUCUAUUGUUUUUUUUUUAAUUUAUUUUUUUAUUAUUAUAAUGUAUUUCUUCAAUCCCUAUGGGAACGUCAGCCAUGUUGGGUUGAGCCCAUGUGCACAGUGAAAUCUGCAGUGAAAAAAGAAUUCUGUUUACAUUUGUUAACCCUUGUGGACUGCCCGUACUUAAACCGCAGAGUGAACGUAUGUUCACACAACAUCCUGACCAAUCUUUUCCGACUGGAUCUAGGGGUAUUUCCCCUUGGAAAUGCUCAGAAAGCAUCCUCAGUGAAUCACCGCGCUCCUGUUUUUCCAGGUGGUCUUUGGGAAUGCAGCCAGUGGCUGCUCCGCGUGUUGUUGUGGAUGUAAGAGGAACUGAUGUAGAUCUAAUGCCUGCAGCUUCCUGCAAACGCGUGUGGCCAAUGCAAAUGCUCCUAUCUGUAAUCUGAUGACGACGAUCAGGCUGCCAUGUUCAGUAUGUAGCUGUAGAGUAACCUUAAUGAUAUGGAUGGCUGGAUUAAAAAAGGAAAAAUAGCCUUGAAUACCCCCAGCUAAAUAGCCAUUACUUCACAGUACUUUCUCGCGGUCUUUAUUUGCAUCAUCAAUGAUGCAAAAGGCUCUAACUUUGUGUAACUUUUUGUUACUUACAGACCCUAUAAUAUCAAGUAUCUUUGUCUACAGGGAAUCCACAUAAGUUAUUAUUUUGAAAAACUUCUUGUGGCUACUGUGAUAACUUUCUCCCCACACUUUCCUUUUCUAUUAUUAUUAUGUUUACUUUGAAGCCAUAGGGAGAACACAAACAGUCCACGCCAUUUUUAUUGCAGCCAUUGGCUUUCCUCCAACAAUUGUAAAUAUGAGUGUCCGGCUCCCGUGGCUGCUAUAUACGGGGGCCCUUUAGGGACCCUUGCAGCUGUCUGGGAUCUGUGCCGCAGCCGUGCGCAGCAGGGGAAGGCGAAGCUCCUCAAGCACUUUAGCUGCAGCUGAGCUGCAGUCCAAACGCGUCUAAAAGGAAGGGUCCAGGGCACAAGAGUGUUAAUGCGAUAUUAUGCAUAUGGGGUGCUAGUCCCAUCUGCUGAUAAUGUAAUGCUAACUCUCGCUAAUGGCUUGUGUGUGUAGAGCAAAUCUCAUUGUUGAAGGAAGCUGGUGCCCUUUGUGUGCCAACUCGUUCCCACUGUGUGUGUGUUUGAGUGUGUUCUCUCCGUGCAAUGUACAGAAUGUUAGUGUUGGUGGGUUGCAUUGAGAACUCUGCAUAUAAACCCUACUAGAAGAGGCCAGUCUAUUUUAAGGCUAAUCUGAAUUUGAGAUAUAAGAUGAAGAUCGGCGAUAGGGAGGGAAGGAAGGAAGGGAUUUGUGUUUGAGUGGCAGCUCACACCAGUGAGAGGAAUUUCUGUGGGGGAACAGGUCAUGUUAUCUUACUCCUCCUUUUGUAACCACAUCUUGGAUUCGCACUUCUUGGAAAACAUCUGGAAGAAGGAAAAGUAAAAAGGAAAAACCGCCAUGACACCCAACUGUGAAUGCUGGGUCUCUGUUUGGUAUCAGGCCUGUCUGGGACUAGAGCCUCAUAUGCGAGUGCUAAUGCUAAUGUCUCCUCAGCUCAGCUAUCACAACACCACUCAAGCAGCAUCAGUGACUAGCUACUUAGCUUUUAGCUGCAGCAAGCAGACUGCAGCCAGCUCCACUAAUUUAACUGAACGCGACUCUUGUAUUCAAAAUCAACUGUCCCAGCAUAGGCCACAUGAUAGGCUACUCACUUGGAGUACUACUCACACAUAGGUGCCAGUUGCUUCACGCUGGGUGUUAAUGAGCAGACAGACAACUGUGAGAAUGCCCAUAUGUUCCCAUGUAAACUGUUACAUUUGCCUAUAGCUUCUGAGACGCUGCUUACCAGGUUGAGUCUGGGCUGGCGAAUCAACCACUGAUCUGAUGAGAAGAAUGACGUGUGAAGCGGAUGAAAUUGGAAUUUGAGCUGUUUGAACACAGGAAGUAGGAAGCCACAGACUCGGCGUCAACAUUGUUGGAAAACUUUGACCCGCAUGUGGUGCAAUGCCCUGUGAAAUGAACCCUUGGACUAGGAGCUAUUCACUUCAUUUGUGCUUUGUGCGUCACAACCACUUAGGCCAUUUGGCAGGGGAAGAAAAAUAAAUUGUAAAUAUGGUCAGGACCUCAUCAAGCUGUCUCCUAUACUGUAGCAAUCAUGUUUUACUUGCAAUACCCUGCAUGCUGAUGUAUUUCUUAGUUCAAUAUGUACAGGGGACCAUCAUUUUGUCAACGAUCUGAAAUGUGUGUAGAGGAAGAAGAUGCACUGUAAUAAACCUGAGAAUUUCCCCCUUAUAAUCAAUCAGACAUAAAUGCAUUAAGUCUGGAACUGGUCAGUCUUGUCGAAUUUGUGGUAUGCAUUAAAUAAGAAUUAAAACAAACAAAAAAGUACAGUAUAUCCUUCAGUUGAUGCCCUAGCAAUAUUGCUUUCUUUUAUAUGGCAUUAAAUAAAACAGACAUCAACAGA